GCGCUAAACCAACUAAUUUUCUACUGUCACCAGUUGGGAGAUCUUCUCUGGUUAUGAAAUUGGCAGUGGUGACGCUGCACUUUCUCUUCGCGGGUUUUCUGUUUCUUGGGAAAGCUGAGACAGUUCCUUGGUGGUACAUGGUCUCUUAUUGCUUCUUGUUUUUUGCAACCCUUGUGCUCUAUUUCGUCACUUCCGCCUCUUCACCUGGAUACGUUGUCGAUGCAAUGAGGGACGCUUGUGCACCUCCGACCUCUAUAAGACAAUCUCCUUCAAGCGUUUUUUUAACUGUGGACCGAGGUCAUCCUGUUUCUGGGGGAAAUUUCCCAACUUCCUGGGCUAAGCUGGUUUCGGACUUGUACCCUCCAGGAACAUCUCACAGAAAUUUGACGUGCGCCGAUUGUCAUGUGGAGCAGCCUCCACGAUCAAAACAUUGUCAUGAUUGUGAUCGCUGUGUUCUUCAGUUUGAUCAUCACUGUCUUUGGAUUGGAACAUGUAUAGGCCAGAAUAACCAUUGUAAAUUCUGGUGGUACGUAUGUGGAGAGACAGCCCUAUGCAUUUGGACGUUCAUCUUGUACAUAGACUACCUGGUUAACAACAACAUAUCCAAGUCUUGGUGGAAGAAUGCGAUUAUCAUACUGCUGCUGCUUAUCUUGGGGAUCUUCUUGAUUUUUGUGCUGGUUCUAUUGCUUUUUCACAGCUUCCUGAUAAUGACAAAUCAAACCACAUUUGAGCUUGUGAGGCGAAGGCGUAUUCCAUAUUUGAGGAAUAUUCCGGAACGAGUGCAUCCUUUUAGCAGAGGGAUGUGCAGAAACAUAUACAAGGUAUGUUGCGGGAGCGAUAAUCUAGAGCCACUGCCCACAGCAUAUGAAGUGGAGCAAAAAUCAAGACCCUACACUUGCGUAGACUUGUUCAAGUGCCGCUGCUGCUGAUUCGUUUGUGUCUCUAGUUUCUUAUUAUAUACUCUGUAUGUACACUCCAUACUUUUUCCUUUCUUUCGGAAAGAGGCUGUUGAUCUUCUGAAUCCACCCACAAAAUCAAAAUCAAAUAGGUAUUAGACA